AUGUCGAACACGGACUGGGACAGCAAAACCGUCAUCGGACGCGGCGUGCGACCCUCUGGCGGCUCUGGUCCAUCCUCGGGCCCCACCGCUUACGAACGAGCCAAGCAAGUGGGCGCGAUCACCGAGAACGACCGCAAAGUCGCGGCGGGUACGAACAAGGGUCAUGCCGGCACGGAUCACCAGCGCAUCGCCAAGCUCGAUCGCGAGAACGAGGUUGCUCCCCCACCCAAAGUCGCCCCCACCGUCGGCAAGACCAUUGGUCAGACACGUCAAGAAAAAGGGUUGACCCAGAAGGAGCUCGCGACUAAGAUCAACGAGAAGCCUCAGGUGGUGCAGGAGUACGAGUCAGGCAAAGCCGUACCGAACCCCCAGAUUCUGGCCAAGUUGCAGAGGGCAUUGGGAGUCAAGUUGACCGGCAAGGACAUCGGCGCUCCGCUUGGCGGGCCGAAGAAGAAGUAA